CAGCCUUCGUUCCAGAAGUCAGUCAAGAUCUUAUCCAACAGACAGAGGAAAAACUCGAAAACAGCCCCUGCAAAGAGCUAUUCUCUCACUGUACAAAAUAGAUCUGUCCUUGACCACCUCAGUGGGGAACCAUUCCAAGAAUACCUAAACAGCAUGUACUUCGACAGGUUUCUCCAGUGGAAGUGGUUGGAAAGGCAACCAGUAACGAAAAACACGUUUAGGCAGUACAGGGUGCUAGGGAAAGGCGGCUUUGGGGAGGUCUGCGCUUGCCAAGUCCGAGCAACAGGGAAGAUGUACGCCUGCAAAAGAUUAGAGAAGAAGAGAAUAAAAAAGAGGAAAGGCGAAUCCAUGGCACUAAAUGAAAAGCAGAUUUUAGAAAAAGUCAAUAGUCAGUUUGUAGUCAAUUUAGCCUAUGCCUAUGAAACAAAGGAUGCACUGUGUUUAGUUCUGACCAUAAUGAAUGGAGGUGACCUGAAGUUUCAUAUCUACAACAUGGGAAACCCAGGCUUUGAAGAGGAAAGAGCUUUGUUUUAUGCAGCAGAGAUUCUCUGUGGUUUAGAAGACCUUCACAGAGAAAAUACAGUAUAUAGAGAUUUGAAGCCAGAAAAUAUCCUGCUAGAUGAUUAUGGCCAUAUUAGAAUAUCUGAUUUGGGCCUAGCUGUUAAAAUCCCGGACGGUGAAUCAAUCCGUGGAAGGGUAGGAACAGUAGGGUAUAUGGCUCCAGAAGUGUUGAACAACCAGAGAUAUACACUCAGCCCUGACUACUGGGGACUGGGCUGUCUCAUUUAUGAAAUGAUUGCUGGGCAAUCACCAUUUCGUGGAAGGAAAGAGAAGGUGAAGAGGGAAGAAGUGGACAGAAGAGUGCUGGAAACAGAGGAGGUGUACUCCCAUAAGUUUUCUGAGGAAGCCAAGUCCAUCUGUAAAAUGCUCCUCACCAAAGACAUGAAGCAGCGGCUGGGUUGUCAAGGGGAAGGCGCAACAGAAGUGAAGAGGCACCCCUUUUUCAAGAGCAUGAAUUUCAAGCGGUUGGAAGCAGGAAUGCUGGAUCCUCCCUUUGUCCCUGAUCCCAGAGCAGUAUACUGCAAGGAUGUGUUAGACAUCGAGCAAUUCUCCACAGUGAAAGGAGUAAACCUGGACCAAACAGAUGAUGAUUUCUAUUCCAAGUUUUCCACAGGAUCCGUGUCUAUUCCAUGGCAAAAUGAGAUGAUAGAAACAGAGUGUUUUAAAGAACUAAAUGUGUUUGGACCAAAUGGUACUAUUUCACCAGACCUAAAUAAAAGCUUCCCUCCAGAGCCACCCAAGAAAGGAUUGCUACAGAGAAUAUUUAAACGGCAGCAUCAGAACAAUUCAAAGAGUUCUCCAAAUUCAAAGGCCAGUUUAAAUCACCACAUAAAUUCAAAUCACGUAAGUUCAAACUCCACUGGAAGCAGCUAGUUCUGACUCAGUUUUACGAAACGUUACAUCCUUCCACUAUAGUCUAUGGAGCUUCUAUGGAUGAGAGAGCAUCCACCGUUCAGUGAAAAAAAAAAAAAAAAAAAAAAAAAAAAAAAAAAAGGAUCUCCCCAAAAUGGAGAUUUUCUACCCAUUCCUUCCAGUGGAGCCUCGCAUUUUAAGAAGAAAUUUCCACUCAGGUCUGUUUCUGGAGGUGGCACUCAAGACUGUGUGAAUCAAAUUUGUCUAUUUAGAACAUUGCAAUAGAAAUUCAAUGAACAUGACUACUUGCACGUAUUUAAAUAGCAUCAUACUAGAACUGAAUUUUGUCUUUAUUAUUUUUAAAGAAAAGUUUUGUAAAUUUCUCUAUUGUCUCAGUUUACAUUUUGUACAUUUGUAUUUAAAUGAAAGUCAGACUUUGGAGGUGUAUAUUUUCCAAGCAGCAGCUGUAAAGCCAUGUGUUUUAAGACAUUUUUUUAAAAGAAAAAAAAAUGUGACUCAAGACUUCCAGAGCCUCAAAUGAGAAAUCAUUCUUUUUAGUAAAUCUAGAAUAUUAUUCAUAAAUCACUUUAUCAGACUGGGUUUUAUUGACAUGCAUUUUUAUGGAACAGUUUAUUCUUAAUUAUUUUACAUCUGUAUAUUUGGUUUACAGCAACACUGCAUACAUUUCUCCUCUUCGUUAAUUUGUAAUGUCUCACAUUAAAUGCUAAAAGAUACUGACAAGGCUUUGAUGUAUUCACGAAUACUACUUGCUAUGCCUAAGGUUUGUGAUGUCAUUGGACCAGCACAGCUGAGAUUUGCACUUAUUUACGUUGUUAGCUCAUCAUAAUUUUCUUGGUUAGAAAGAGAACCCUAUUUUAAACUCUUCUCCUUCACUGUUUUUUGAACCAUUUCUGAUGACAAGAAGAACAAAACCGAGUGAGAGGUAACCAGGAAAGCAAAUGACCAUUUCUUUUUCAAGAUCUUGAAACCUGCACCCACUGAAAGUAGAGCAAAACUCUAAGUGUUCUCAGUGCUGCAGUCAAAAGUCCAAGGCCUUUCCACAGUCGCUCAUACCAACCAGGUAGCAAGAGAGAAAUUCAAUAGUCUGGUUUAUACUGACCGUGAGAUUCAUGUCAGCUCUCUAGAGCUGAGCUGUGAAAAUUCAGAGCGGGAUCUGAGCUGCUUUUGAGCAGUAGCAGAACCUUUAAGUUGUAUCUGCAUUUAAGAGUUCUUUCAGUCUUGACAGAUGUAUAUGACUCAUCCCCUCAAUUAGGUCCUUGACUUUAUUGAAUAAAAUGUUAGUUAUGAAAUAACACUUCCCACUUUUGCUUCCAUCUUUCUUUGUCCAGGAUCCUUUAACCAUUGUUGAAGACAUUGUUCCCACUAGUAUAAACAGGAUCAGUCACGAUCAGUAGCAGUACCUGAGACACCUGAAUCAUGCUUUUCUCAGGCUACCAUCUAUUAUUUUUAAGAAUGCCAGAUCAAAAAUAUGGUUGCUUCCCUUCGAAAGGAAUUGGAAAACCUUUGUACCCCCAAGUGCAGACAUGAUCUCCAUAGACUAACAUAUUCUGUAAAACAGGUUUGUUCACCAUGCUCAUUACAAUGUUGGCUAAAGUAGACGGAUGAGUUCACUCCUUUGGGUCAACGAGGAACUUCUGAUGCUCAUGCUGCUGUGUCUAAAGUCCUGUUAGGUAGCAGUUCUGUUAUCCCAGGAUACUAGGAAGCACUAUUCCUGAAGAAGUCUAAGUAGCCAAAGUUCAUUAGUCUAUUAAUUUAUAUCUUCUAUCUGGCCAAUGGAGAAGAGUUAAAAAAUGCAGGUUAGCAGUGACAAAGGUAUGAGUGAGUCACAAAAAUUACACACUAGAACACCAUGAAGACAUGAAGGAAAGAGAUAGGACAGAGUCAGGAUUUGCAUAAAGCAGCUUACAAAGAAAAGGAACUAAGAUGGGGCUUUGGUGCCUUUCUCAGAAGUAAAAUAUGUUAAGAUGCAAGUCCAUAUAAUUCCAAAAUCUCCCAGUUUCCCUGGUCAAUGGGACAUGCAAGAAAGCUGUGUAAGCAUGCCAUAACAUCACCAAGAAUGUGUUUGCCUUUUUCCUUCAGAUCAGUGUGGCACAGAAAGUCCUUUUUCCCACGUAGAUGGUGCUCAGGGAGAGCUUCAGCCACUCUCCUGUCAGAUGAUGGCAUUGCAGACCGUACAGAACAUGCAAGAUUGUAGGGAGAUAGUAAUAUGUCUGAAUUUUGAGUAAUUUUUUCUCUCUGGAUCAUCUGCAAACUAAAUCUAUAAUGGUUUCAGCUUCCCGAUAGGAGGGGAAAGAAAUAUUGUAGAGGUGAAAGCCACUGCGUUUGGAGGGGUCUAUUACCUCCAGUUGCAUUCUCACAGCCUGAUGGAAAGCCACCUAAGUCAGCAAGAUUCUGGUCAGUCACUUUAGCAUGCUCUGCAUGGACAUACGCUUGCUCUGAGAGGUUUUCCGAGGCCUUCUUCAAUGACAUGUAGGAUUUCAGUUGCUUUCAAGACAUGUAGGUGAGAAGUAGAGGAACGUAUAGCCAGACCACUGAUGUGUAUCAGUGCACCUGAGGCAAGCUGCACUUCUUAGUUCGUAGAGAGCUGCAAGGGAUGCACAACUCAAAUCUGUUUUUGUCACUCAAAGACUUCACCUUCUAGCAGCAUUGUACAUUUUAUGUUUGUGCACAGUCAUCUGACUUCAUCCUGUGCACAGAUGCUAGGGGUAGGGGGUGCUGGCUGGGGGACUAGGGUGAAAGACGAAGCUCUUUUCUCCACUACUGUCAUUGUCUCACUUUGCAGCAAGAGACGAGCAUAUUCCCCCAUCAGAAAAAUGUGGCUGAGAAUAUCUACCUACCACAUGGGGAAGAAAAAAGGACAGCUGGAGGAAGGCUUAGCCCAUUAAUGUUUCAUGGGAUAAAUCUGUUAAGACUGCAGCUAUUGGUGCAAGGGCUUCAUUUCCUACACGUUACUAGUGUGGCACAUGAAGACUAAAUUUUCUUUUUUUGCCACCUCCCAUUUGGGAAAUAAAAUCCCAAUAAUACAAAACCCUUAUUGAAAGCUGGUGAGCAAUUUGCAAAGAGAUUGUAAAUGGCCUUAUACCUCUUACAUGCUGUCUGCCUUAACUAGUGGUGGAUUACUUUGUUAUACAACAACAGUGAGUAAUAGCAAAUGUGCCUUCUCCUGCUCUCCUUUCAGCUGGCACAGAUCGUUACUCAGCACCUCUAGAACUCUAGCAGUGGACACACAAGGACAGUGCAAAGUCCUCAGAUGACAAAAGUGGCAUUCGGUGAUACUUGGAAUUUAUAAUGCUAGGGUUAGAAAUCCUGAAUCCUCCAGAUGGUGUGGGAGAAGGAUGCUUAUGCCCACCUGAAAAGUCAAGCCUGGAUCCCAGUCCCUUGGGAGCAGUGAGUGAGUAAAGGAAGAGAUAGAAAACUAGAUUGUUUGAGGGAGAUUUCAUACUGCUUCCCCAAGUGUUGCUAUUCUGUCCAACAAACUUUAAACAGUAUUAUGAUGCUUGGGAAGCAGAAUUGUCGUACUCUUUCAGUAUCCAAGUUCUGAAAGAUUUGAUCAAUAUCAUAUAUCUCUAAUGAUAAUGAACAGUCCUAGGAAUCUUAUAGUCAGAGUCUGCCUACACAACAAAACCUGCAGGAUUGUCUUUUUCAUUGCCGCUUUCUUCUUCUUCUUUUUUUAUAUAUAUAUAUAUAUAUUAUUAUUAUUCAACUCAUCAGACAUUCAAGACUGGAGAGGAGUCACAGUCCUCUCACUUCCAUUAUGUGACCAGGUGCAAUUUGAGCACAGAAUUCAGGUCUGAAGCCCUGCCCUGCAUAGUCAGAUAUCUAGAGAAAAUUGGCAUUUGUCUCUGUGGAGCCAAAUUCAAAAACACUAGGAGCCACAGGUGUUCAGGGCUUUGAAAGAACAGAAUUAUAAUUUCAUUAUACAAUCUUGGAGAGCAUUUGCAAAGUGAAUAGGUUUGGGUGUGGGUUUCCACAUAGCAAAGGAGAAGAAAGGAGUACUUAUUUAAUGGCUUUUUAAACUGAUCAAUUUUCUGUAUCUUCUUUCCAUUUAUGAUACAGAUUCUUUCAAAAUGUGAUACAGAUGUUCAACAGUUAUUUUCCACAAUGUCUCAGUGUUCACUUAAGUCUUCUAGUGUUUCUCCCACCCUCUGGUUGGAUGAGAGGCUUUUUGAAACAAGUGACUAAUGAGGGGAAAAUAACAAAUAAUAAACUCUUACGUGUGCACUCUUGGCCUAGAUUAUCU